CUUGUUCUCCCUGCCUCCCUUGGACCCGCACUCCGGGUCUAAGGACUCUCCACGCUUCUCCAUCAGGUGGAGCCGUCCUCUCGCAGCCUGCCUCCCUCCUCACUUGCUGAGAACUGUGAGCAGGCCAUCCUGCAUCGCCGGGAGGUUAAUCGAGCCCGGGGAGGAGGUGAGGCCGCCAGCCUGCGUGGGCGGAGAUGGCCGGGCCGCCGUCGGGGCCGGCGCCAGAGGCCGGCAGCCUGUGGGUCCUGCAGCUUCUGUGAAAGGAGCCCUUCUGUCACUCGUCACUCGCUCGCUUGCUCGCUCUCUGUGGGAGGAGCCCGCCAGAGGAAGCCGUGUGCCUGGGAUGCCAAGAGCCAGAGAAUGGAUCUGCUCCGAAUGGGGACAUUGCUGAGGAUCCUGGUUUCCCGAGACGGCUGAAAACAGGCAUUUGGUUUCGACUGCCUGCGGAUACCGGAGACCGAAGCGGACCCGAGGAGGGACGGACCGACGGACAGAUAGAUGAUCGGCGCGAACCCAGGAGGACCGGCGGCGGAGGCUGAGCACCGCGAGCCCAGCCGCCGCGCUUGAAGAGAACUAACUGCACGCCCAAGUUGCCCCGCCGGCUGCCCAAGCGCUGAGGAAUGAGACCUUUCCAGCUGGAUUUGCUCUUCCUCUGCUUCUUCCUCUUCAGUCAAGAGCUUGGCCUCCAGAAGAGAGGAUGCUGUCUGGUACUGGGCUACAUGGCCAAGGACAAGUUUCGGAGAAUGAAUGAAGGCCAAGUCUACUCCUUCAGCCAGCAACCCCAGGACCAAGUGGUGGUGUCAGGACAGCCCGUGACACUGCUGUGUGCCAUCCCGGAAUAUGAUGGCUUCGUCCUGUGGAUCAAAGAUGGCUUGGCUCUGGGUGUAGGAAGAGACCUCUCAAGCUACCCCCAGUACCUGGUGGUGGGGAACCACCUAUCGGGAGAGCAUCACUUGAAGAUCCUGAGGGCUGAGCUACAAGAUGAUGCUGUAUAUGAGUGCCAGGCCAUCCAGGCUGCCAUCCGGUCCCGCCCCGCACGCCUCACAGUCCUGGUGCCACCAGAUGACCCCAUCAUCCUAGGGGGGCCUGUGAUAAGCCUUCGGGCAGGGGACCCUCUCAACCUUACCUGCCACGCAGAUAACGCCAAGCCUGCAGCCUCCAUCAUCUGGCUACGUAAAGGAGAGGUCAUCAACGGGGCCACCUACUCCAAGACUCUGCUUCGAGAUGGCAAGCGUGAGAGCAUUGUCAGCACCCUCUUCAUCUCCCCGGGAGACGUGGAAAAUGGGCAGAGUAUUGUAUGCCGAGCCACCAACAAAGCCAUCCCUGGAGGAAAGGAGACCUCAGUGACCAUAGACAUCCAACAUCCUCCACUUGUCAACUUGUCGGUAGAACCACAGCCGGUUCUGGAGGACAACAUCGUCACGUUCCACUGCUCUGCAAAGGCCAACCCAGCUGUCACCCAGUACAGGUGGGCCAAACGGGGUCACAUCAUCAAGGAGGCAUCUGGAGAGCUGUAUAGGACCACCGUGGACUACACAUACUUCUCAGAGCCUGUGUCCUGUGAAGUGACCAAUGCCUUGGGCAGCACCAACCUCAGCCGCACAGUGGACGUCUACUUUGGUCCCCGAAUGACCUCAGAGCCUCAGUCCCUGCUGGUGGAUCUGGGCUCGGAUGCAGUCUUCAGCUGUUCAUGGAUCGGCAACCCAUCUCUGACCAUCGUGUGGAUGAAAAGGGGCUCUGGUGUGGUCCUGAGCAAUGAGAAGACCCUGACCCUCAAAUCUGUCCGCCAGGAGGAUGCUGGGAAGUACGUGUGCCGGGCUGUGGUGCCCCGGGUAGGAGCUGGGGAGAGAGAAGUGACUUUGACUGUCAAUGGACCCCCUAUCAUCUCCAGCACACAGACCCAGCAUGCCCUCCAUGGUGAGAAGGGCCAGAUCAAGUGCUUCAUCCGGAGCACACCACCGCCUGACCGAAUCGCCUGGUCCUGGAAGGAGAAUGUGCUGGAAUCAGGGACAUCAGGGCGCUACACGGUGGAGACAGUGAGCACCGAGGAGGGCGUCAUCUCCACGCUGACCAUUAGCAACAUUGUGCGUGCUGACUUCCAGACCAUCUACAAUUGCACAGCCUGGAACAGCUUCGGCUCUGACACAGAGAUCAUUCGACUCAAGGAACAAGGUGACCAAUUCCCUGUCCCACCCCACCCUGGCCAGUCAGGCCCUGGCUGUGGACGCUUGCUUUAUUUCCAAACAGGUUCGGAAAUGAAGUCGGGAGCCGGGCUGGAAGCAGAGUCUGUGCCAAUGGCCGUCAUCAUCGGGGUGGCCGUAGGAGCUGGUGUGGCCUUCCUCGUCCUAAUGGCAACCAUUGUGGCCUUCUGCUGUGCCCGUUCCCAGAGAAGUACGGGAGGGAGACCCGGGAUCUCAGGGAGGGGGACAGAGAAAAAGGCCAGGCUUAGACUGCCCAGGAGAGCAAAUCUCAAAGGUGUUGUAUCCGCCAAAAAUGAUAUCCGAGUGGAGAUUGUACACAAGGAGCCAGCUUCCGGUCGGGAGGCUGAAGAUCACACCACCAUUAAGCAGCUGAUGAUGGACCGGGGUGAAUUCCAGCAAGACUCUGUGCUGAAGCAGCUGGAGGUCCUCAAGGAAGAGGAGAAGGAGUUUCAGAACCUAAAGGACCCCACCAAUGGCUACUACAGCGUCAACACCUUCAAAGAACACCACUCAACCCCAACCAUCUCCCUGUCCAGCUGCCAGCCAGACCUGCGUCCAACAGGCAAGCAGCGUGUGCCCACAGGCAUGUCCUUCACCAACAUCUACAGCACCUUGAGUGGCCAGGGCCGCCUCUACGACUACGGACAGCGGUUUGUGUUGGGCAUGGGCAGCUCUUCCAUUGAGCUUUGUGAGCGGGAGUUUCAGAGGGGCUCCCUCAGCGACAGCAGCUCCUUCCUGGACACGCAGUGUGACAGCAGUGUCAGCAGCAGUGGCAAGCAGGACGGCUACGUGCAGUUCGACAAGGCCAGCAAGGCCUCUGCCUCCUCUUCCCAUCACUCCCAGUCCUCUUCCCAGAACUCCGACCCCAGUCGACCCCUGCAGCGGCGGAUGCAGACUCAUGUCUGAGGAUCACACACUGUGCAGGGACGGGCCAGGGAGGAGGACGGGGACAUUUUUGUUCUCCAAGGACUGGGGCUACUUUGCAGAGGACCCUAGAACUGGCCACCUCCAGGGUGACCCCCAAGCACCUCUGUUACCACCUUGCUCCGAAGCUCUAAUCAAGCACAAACCUGUCUCCCGCGUGGGACAUGAAGAGGAUGCAGCCGAGUGCACAGUGCUCAGGGCUUUGUCCCUUGCUCUUCCCCAAAGGUUCCUCAGCCACCUUGUCCUCCCACAGGCACUAGGGGCAGCUAGAACUUGGCUUUUAUGAAACUGCCGUCCACUCUCCUAGCUCUUCUUGCUGCCCAUAAGCCAUCCCUGGUGCCUGUAUCACCUACAGCUUUGGGGAACAGAGGACUUCUGCCCAGCACUGAGUUGCUCCAGAGACCCCAGCUUCCGCACUGUGCAUAGCCCAUACCACAGAGGCUGAGGGCUGAGAAACGACCCUGGCCAACGGAGCAUCUGCCUGGGAGCCCACCUCCAAUUUGUUUGGUGUUUUUGUGUCUAUAUUCUGUUCUUGAACUUGAUGCCUCUGAGCUUGGCGGUGGGACUGGCCCAUCAGAGUCUAGUGUCCUCGGAGUUGAGGGAGGGGGAGGAGGGAGGAUGUGAUGCCUGGAGAACACCUGGCCCCACACACCCUGUGCCAGGCUGUACGAUUCGAAGCCGUUGCCCUCAUCCUUACCCCUGCUUUGUGUUCUCCCUUCCUUCCCGCAGCACAAUCAAGCUAGUAUAAGGAGUGUGAGAACUUCUCUGGCCAGGGCUUGUUGAGCAGUUAUUGCAGAGUGCUUCCUGGGAGGUGUGGACUUGAGGGGGCUGAAGUACAGGCUGGAGGAUGAGACGGACUUUCGCAGCUGAUGAACACAAGGAACAAUUGUCCAUUCCCCAGUAGACUGGACUGCGUGCAAGAGGGAAAGUUUUUCUGCACCUCUCCCUCCCAUCACUCCCCCACUUAAGAAUAAACAGUAGGGCCAUUACCCCCAA